GAGAAACCGGCGUUUUGCUUAGAGAGAAAUUUCCUACUUGAAAAAUUUUCCAGAUUUUCCAUUACGGAAAAAAUUUUCGUUUCUUCCUUUUUCCAAUUUGAUGAUGAUUAUGAAGAUAAUCAGUAGUGAUUCGUCUCGAGAUUUUUGUUCUACUUGAUUCAUAUUCGUUUCUUUGUUUUCUUUGAUCGAAACUCUGUUUUUUUCCGGGAAAAUUCUACCGCCAUGGGAAAGCUUUCCUUCAAGGAUUCGCUUAAAGCACUUGAAGCCGAUGUCCAGCAUGCCAAUACGCUUGCUUUAGACUGUCCAAGAGAGAGUGAUGGAGCUUGUGUUCAAAUGAGAUUAUCAUACAGCCCUGCUGCUCCUUUGUUUCUUUUUCUUGUUCAAUGGACUGAUUGUUACCUUGCUGGUGCAUUGGGGUUGUUAAGAAUCCUUCUCUAUGUGACUUAUCCCGAUGGAAAGACCACCAUGUCAAUUUAUGAGAGAAAAGCAAGCAUUAAAGAAUUUUAUGUGGUAAUCUUCCCUUCUCUUCUUCAACUUCAAAAAGGCAUCACAGAAUUGGAAGAUAGGAAGCAAAAAGAGGUCUGCAAUGCCAGGUACAGCAGAAGGGAUGAAUUUGGAAGGGGGAAACUGUCCGAAAUCGACAUAGAAAGAGAGAAGGAGUGUGGAAUUUGUAUGGAGUUUAACGGCAUGGUUGUUUUGCCCAACUGCAACCAUUCUCUGUGCUUGAAGUGUUAUCGAGACUGGCGCGGUCGUUCUCAAUCGUGUCCCUUCUGUCGUGAUAGCCUGAAGAGAGUCAACUCUGGCGACCUUUGGAUCUUCACAGACAAGAGUGAAAUGAUUGACCUAAAUUCCAUUUUGCAUGACAACUGCAAGAGACUAUUUGCAUACAUCGAUAAAUUGCCAUUGGUUGUUCCUGAUCCAGUGUUUCUUCCUAUUGAUUCUCAUAUUAGGUAAGAGAAUCUGUGAGUAUUAGUGUUCUUAUCCAAAAAGUUAUAUGUGAGUAUUAUUAGGUGAACUUUGUGUAUAUAUAUAAUUAUAGGUUGAGGAGAUAAGUUAGGAAAUGUAAAAAGGGGUUCUUCUCUGGCUAAUGGCUAUAGGAUGAUGCUUUGCUAAUUUUCAGUUUCUUAGCUUAUCAAAGUGAAUGAUUUUUGUUCACCUUUCCCAAUCAAUGCAAAUCUUCAUUGAAAUA